UGAACCUUAGCAUUUAAGUUGCGUAUUAAAAUCCCAUCCUAAACCCACAUAAAAAUAAAAUAAAAAAGUUUUCAUAUUUUAUUUUUCUGGAUUAGGUUCUUCUUGUAAACUAAAAAGGAAAAGACUUUAACCUUUUAUGUCGAUUCCUCUGCUUUUCCAAUUCUUAAACAUCCUUGUGUUCGAUUAACUUCAUUCUUGACUCCAAACAAUGGAUGCUGCUAGUAAGAGAUCUAUUACACAGUUCGGGUGUUGUAAGCUGCUCCUCUACUGUCUUCCUCUGUUCUUCUUGUCUUUGCUGGUUUCGACUCCUACGUUCUCCUUUGCUGCUACUAACCCUGACGAUGUUAUUGCAAUCAACGGUUUAUACGCUGCACUUGGGGCACCUCCGCUUCCUGGUUGGACUGCUUCUGGUGGAGACCCAUGUGCUGAAGCUUGGCAAGGCGUUGUCUGCAAUGUCUCUGAUAUAAUAAGCAUAACUGUAAAUGCGGCAAAUUUGGAAGGAGAUCUUGGUGACAACUUAUCUAAGUUCACUUCUAUCAGGGGAAUAGAUUUCAGUAACAAUCGCAUUGGAGGAUACAUACCGACUAAUUUGCCAGUUACAUUGCAGCAUUUUUUUCUUUCAGCUAAUCAGUUUACUGGAAGCAUCCCUGAAUCUUUAGGAACACUAAGUUCUCUGAGUGACAUGUCUUUGAAUGAUAACCACCUCUCAGGAGAGUUACCUGAUGUGUUUCAAAACCUGGCUGGGCUGAUCAAUCUAGAUAUAUCAGCUAACAAUCUAAGCGGUCCAUUGCCUCCUUCAAUGGAGAGUUUAUCAGCUCUUACAACAUUACAUGUUCAGAACAAUCAGCUCUCAGGAACUCUAGACGUUCUUCAAGACCUUCCUCUUCAAGACUUAAACAUAGAGAAUAACCUCUUCUCUGGACCCAUACCUGACAAACUGCUAAGCAUUCCGAGAUUCCUAAAGGAUGGAAACCAGUUGAACUCCACCACAAUUGCACCAUCAUUGUCUCCCUCUACAUCUCCUACGCGACCAUUCUUUGGAGUUCCACCACCUGCACCCGCAAGAAACCGAGGGAAAGCUGAUGGUGCACCUCCUGCUUCAAAAGAGCAGAAAAGCUCUUCACAUACUAAACGGAUAGUCCUCAUAGCAUUCGCCGGCGUCCUGGUCUUCACAAUUCUUGUUUUGGCAAUACUCUUGCUAUUGCCAAAAUGUGUAAGAAGAAGAAGAAGAGAACGUGCUAGCAGAGUCUCUAAACCGCAUCAAGUUGGUGCUGACGGAGGAAACAGAGAGAAUGCUCCUCCUGCACUGCCACCACCUGUUCGGUCUGAGAAAGUACCCUUCACGAAAGCUGGCCAAGAACCAAAGGUUUUACAUGACCUUGAGAGGUUGCAAAGACCUACUCCACCGCCUAUAACAAGACAAGAGAGUCAAGAUAUUGACUUCUCAACGUUGAUGCCUCCACCUCCUCCUCCUCCUCCUCCGCCACCACCACCACUUCCUCCUUUGGCUGAGAAGGUCACCGUUAUGCCAAUUAAGUCUCCUGAGAGACCCUUUAAGAAGCCUUCCCCUAAGACACGCUUACCCUUAACUUCUGUGAAGCACUACUCCAUUGCAUCUCUUCAGCAGUACACUGAAAGCUUCUCUCAGGACAAUCUCCUUGGCUCAGGCAUGCUCGGGAGUGUUUACAAGGCUCGUCUUCCCGAUGGAAAGAUGUUUGCUGUGAAGAAGUUAGACAAGAGGGCUUCUGAACAGCAACAGGAUCAUGAAUUCAUCGAACUAGUGAACGAUAUAGAUAAGAUUCGACAUGCCAACAUCGUUGAACUUGUUGGUUACUGUGCUGAGCAUGACCAAAGACUACUGAUCUACGAAUAUUGCAGUAACGGUACGUUACAAGAUGGUUUGCAUUCAGACGAUGAGUUCAAGAAGAAACUGUCGUGGAAUAACCGUGUCAGAAUGGCACUUGGAGCUGCUAGAGCCCUUGAGUACUUGCAUGAGGUGUGUGAACCACCAAUCAUACACAGAAACUUCAAAUCAGCCAAUGUCCUACUAGACGAUGAACUGAGUGUUCUUGUCUCGGAUUGUGGUUUGGCCCCUCUUAUAUCAUCAGGCUCUGUGAGUCAGUUAUCAGGACAACUGUUAGCGGCUUAUGGAUAUGGAGCUCCAGAGUUUGACUCAGGAAUCUAUACAUGGCAGAGUGAUGUAUACAGUUUUGGUGUUGUUAUGUUAGAACUCUUGACUGGUAGAAUGUCCUACGACAGGGACCGGAGUAGAGGAGAGCAGUUUUUAGUGAGGUGGGCGAUUCCUCAGCUUCAUGAUAUCGAUGCAUUGGGGAAAAUGGUUGAUCCAUCUCUUAAAGGACAGUACCCUGCAAAGUCUUUGUCUCAUUUUGCCGAUAUUAUUUCGCGGUGUGUUCAGUCUGAACCAGAAUUUAGACCAUUGAUGUCUGAAGUAGUUCAAGAUCUUCUGGAUAUGAUCAGAAGAGAGCGUCAUGGUUCAGGGGAGCCUAGUGCAGACUAGUGAAUUGUAAAGAAGCAUUUUUUUUUCUUCUGGAUAUCUCUAAUUCGAUUAGUGGAAACAAGAGAUGUUCAGUUUCUAAGAAACAACAAGCACAAAGGGGACUAAAACAAAGACACAAAUGUAGUCAUAACCCUCAGAAGGAAGCUGAUUCUACAGCCAUAAGGAGGCUUGUUUCAUGUUAUAUUGGCUCAAGGAAAAUAUCACUGUGCUUGCCUUUAUUUGCAGAUGAUUGUAUUAUUGGUGGGGAGCUCGUUUUCUUUUUUUCUUUCUUUUAUGUGAAUCUUAGAUCAUCCCUAAUUCUAAUCUUGGUUUUUUGAAGACCUCUAGAAUAAAACUCUGGGUUUACUUGGUUCUUUGAAACUUGUUUGUACUUUAAAAGAUGUAUAAACUUGAUGUGUGUUGUCUUCUUUUUAGUGCGUGUAAUUGAUUCAUAUGAAACAUUUGUAAAAACGGAUCUGUAUUUUGUUAGUUACAGAAA